AUGAAAGACUACAUAAAAGACUACAUGAAAGACUACAUAAAAGACUACAUAAAAGACUACAUAAAAGACUUCAUAAAAGACUCCAUAAAAGACUACACAAUAGACUACAUGAAAGACUACAUGAAAGACUACAUAAAAGACUUCAAAAAGACUUCAAAAAGACUACAAGUUCUACAAACGGCCAUUAUCGAUAUUAAAGCCGAUGUUGUCGGGUCAAAUCGUAGAUCAAUUUACUGCACCAAAUUGAAAGUAUUCCUGCGAGAGUAUGUACAGCUUACAGUCAAAAGAUUCUUGGCUCCCUAUGAAUCUUUGAAAACAGGAUUCUUGGCUCCCUAUGAAUCUUUGAAAACAGGAUUCUUGGCUCCCUAUGAAUCUUUGAAAACAGGAUUCUUGGCUCCCUAUGAAUCUUUGAAAACAGGAUUCUUGGCUCCCUAUGAAUCUUUGAAAACAGGAUUCUUGGCUUCCUAUGAAUCUUUGAAAACAGGAUUCUUGGCUUCCUAUGAAUCUUUGAAAACAGGAUUCUUGGCUUCCUAUGAAACUUUGAAAACAGGAUUCUUGGCUCCCUAUGAAUCUUUGAAAACAGGAUUCUUGGCUCCCUAUGAAUCUUUGAAAACAGGAUUCUUGGCUCCCUAUGAAUCUUUGAAAACAGGAUUCUUGGCUCCCUAUGAAUCUUUGAAAACAGGAUUCUUGGCUCCUUAUGAAUCUUUGAAAACAGGAUUCUUGGCUCCCUAUGAAUCUUUGAAAACAGGAUUCUUGGCUCUCUAUGAAUCUUUGAAAACAGGAUUCUUGGGAUUAUUGGCUCCUUAUGAAUCUUUGAAAACAGGAUUCUUGGCUCCCUAUGAAUCUUUGAAAACAGGAUUCUUGGCUCCCUAUGAAUCUUUGAAAACAGGAUUCUUGGCUCCCUAUGAAUCUGUUGGAACAGGAUUCUUGGCUCCAUGUGAAGCUGUGGACAUAAGAUUGUUUGCUCUUAUCCCAGCUGUGUAA